ACUACACCCCGAAAAGCCUGAGGGAGCACAAACGGCUUGAUCUGCGCAGGCGCGUGUGGAAAGCCGGCGCGAGGGAGGGAAGAACGGAAAGCCUGACUCUAGGCCCCAUUUCCUUCGGAGCCAGCAGCCGGUGAGAAGGGACUCGUGCCGGCCUGUGACUGUUCGGUUGACCUUGCGGAAGAGGGAGCCAGGCAAGAGGGGAUGAAUGAGGACAUACGGAUCCACACGUGGCCCUGUUCGUAUUACAUCAACUCCGAGAAGCGAUGGGCGCCUGGCAAGCUCUCUCUGACGCCCAUUUCAGUGAGAUUUACAGCCGACAAGUCGGGAGAGCUCCUGGCAAGCUUCCAUCUCUCUGGCAUCAGCGAGAUCAAGAAGGAGUCUUCGCACUUCAUCUUCAGCUCCCUCACUGUUUUGGAGCAUGGCACCAAACACUGGUUCAGUUCCCUCCAGCCCAACCGGAACGUGGUCUUCAACGUCCUCGAACACUUCUGGAGGGAGCAGCUCCUCUGCACGGCUGGGGCUGCAGCUCAGGCCCCGGGCCUUCCGACCUCCAAGGGGAAGGAGAUGACCGGCUUGUUGAGGGGCUCCGAGAAGCGCCUGGAAGACACCGCGAAGGUGCUGGAGCACCAGGGAGAACAGUUUGACAACAUCAUGAAGGGACUGAACAAGAUUGAGUCAGAGAUGGACGUAGCAGACAGGUUGCUAUCAGAACUUGAAUCUCCAUCUUGGUGGCCUUUUGGUAACAAACUGUUGAAGGGGCCGCCGGAAGGGGCCAAACCGAAGGAAGCCCCAGCAGUGCCUGCCUCUCCAAACAAGGACGGAGUGAUCAUGCAGAUCCCUGUUAUUAUCACUGAACGGACAGACUCCAACGUCAAACCAGGCAAACUCGCCCUCCUGGCUUCCGGACUCGAGAUCAGCGACUCCCAUUCCCAGCUCCUUCACCGGUUUGACAAGAAGGACGUGGACGACGUCAAAAUCCACACGCCGUAUGAGAUCAGCGUCCGCCAGAGGUUCAUCGGGAAGCCGGACAUUAGCUAUCGGCUGUUGUCUGCAAAGAUGCCGGAAGCCAUCCCCGUCUUGGAAAUGCAGUUCAGCAAGAAAAUACAGUUCAUGGAGGAUGCUUUGGGGCUUGUUCGGGGAAGGAAGGGCCAGCAGGAAGAAGGAGGCACAUCCAUCUGGCAAGCAGCAACAGGACUAAUAGGAAGCAUGGUGCACGCCGGACCCACACCAUCCUCCUCUCGGGGUGCAGGAGGCAGCCAGCAGACCCAGGUGCAGAAGCAAGAGCAGGUUGUUUCCGAGGCUGAAGCUCAGGAAAUGAGACAGAUUCUCCGGCGGCUCAAGAGCCUGGCCUUUGAAACGGAGACGGAGCUGGAGAGGCAGGACGAAGCCCUUGACACCAUCGCUUCCUCUGCGGACCGAGCUACCAUGAACAUCGACAAGCAGAACCGCAGGAUGAAGAAACUGACGUAGUCUCUCCGCGGAAGAUGGUGGCGUCAGGCCGUGAUUGUAGUUGGGUUCACAAGCCAUACCUAUGGUCUCUCCCAUUGCUUGCAUCGGCUGAGGUUGUGAGAGCAAGGAGAGCAUUGUAAACAAUGGAAAUGAUUUUUCUCAGUAAAUGGGAAGCUCUGUUAAAUGGUGAUGGAAGAAAGCUUGUCGCUGGUGCCGUUGAACACGGGAUGGUCAUUUGACAUCCAGAGGAGUGGGGAAUGCGACAUUGCAUUUCUCUGGGGUAUAUCUAAGAUUCCUAUUUUCCUAAGAAGAGUGUGUCCUGUGAUGCAGAGAGCACUUUCUGAGGAUCCUUUCUGUAAUACACCUGUCGUAGGAGUGAUUUAACUCUUCAUAACUUCAACAGCAUCUUUCUCCAUAGUGUCUUUGUCCAUUCAGCCAUAAAGUGAAUGACUGGCAUGUUUUGGCCUUAACGGUGUAUAAUCAGUAUAAAUAUGAUUACUUACUUACUUAGGUGAUCCCUCGUAGCCUGAGGAUGGUGGUCCUCCAAAUGUAGUGUCUGGGCGGUGGGUCUGUAGGUGGCUGUGGAGCCCUAUUUUUGAUCCGCAUGUUCUACCGCAGUGAGGACAUCAAUUUCCAGGUGGAAGGUGGUCCCGGUUGGCUUGACGCACCUUCCUCUUGGAAUGUUUCUCCCUUUCUCCCUCCAUUCGUGCCUCUUCAAAUUCUGCAGCACUGCUGGUCACAGCUGACUUCUAGCUAGAGCACUCAAGGGCCAGAGCUUCCCAGUUCUCAGUGUCUAUGCCACAGUUUUUGAAGUUGGCUUUGAGGCCAUCUUUAAAUCUCUUUUCCAUUCUUGAGUUCAGAGUAUAGUAGUUGUUUUGGGAGACAAUGAUUGGGCGUUUGGGAAAAGCCAAGCAUGUUUGGACCCCAAAUCCACCUGGUUUGAAAUUUUGAGACCUUUUGGAUUUUUCUUUGGCAUCUUUUUUGUUUCUGACUCUUUCAAGCUCUACUGGCUCUGAACAUGAGGACUUUGUUUAGCAGAGUUUGGGAAAGUUACUCUUUUGUAUUACAGCCCUCCA